CCAGAUACCAAAAGAUCUGUCGCCGCCAACUUCCUUCAUCAUGAGUGAGUUUACACUGGAUGGUCUCAAAGCAGUUCUGAAAGAAAAAGAACGAGGAGAAAAAGAAAAGGUGGUUCCAUUUGAAGCCGAUGACACGCUCGUUGCGAAGGAAGACAUUCAUGAAUUCUACCGAGAUCACGGCAUACUGGGUGGCCCAGUGAAAGGGAUCUGGAAGCGUCGGAUCCCCGAUAGUGUGUACAAKUGUCCACUGUCCCAGCCCCUGACGACKUUGGUSCAGUGGGAUUCCUUGCCAAAAAUGAUUCAAGACCGCUACGAACAACAGAAAGACGGCGAUGGUUCGAACGGAGGAGGAGUCGUGGAAGUACGCCGUAGCGAUCUGUUUCCGGAAGAGUUUCUCCRAGAGGAGGGCAUCGUUGGCGACAGUGGUGGAUUGCAGCGUCGCCCUCUGGGAGGAAAUUUGACCAACAAGUUGACCGAAUACACCCGAGGAAAAACCGGACAAACCAAACCUUUCACCCCGGGCGGCCUGAAUCCCGACGAAGCCAAGUCCUCGGGAGCUGCAGGGGCCGCCGCUGGAGAAGCAACCAACCCUUUUUUAACUCCGGAGGCGAUAGAACGCUCUCUUCGAGUUUUGAAACAGGGAUCMAAGGCAUCGUGGAUGGAUGGCAGCUUGAUCACAUGUCCACCGGGGGUGGAUUUUAAGGUGGGCCUUUCCUACGAGGACGUUUACGGCGAGGACAACGCCGAUGAAUCCAAAGACGACGGCACCGACCCAGCUAAGACAUCCAUAUCUGAAACAAAUCACGAUGGGGAUGAUUACUUGGCAAAGCCAWUUGCAGAUAGCAUCAGACAAACGAAUACUACACGAGCCGUUCAAUGGGAUCAGAGCUUUUUGGACGAUGAUUCUCUAUUUGGAAGUAGCGUAAGCGACAGUGACUGCGAGAGCGAUUCUGAUAGUGAAAGUGGCGAAGACGAUGAUCCUAGUGAUGCUGACGACAGGGAAUCUGGCAAUGACGAGGCCGAUAACACGAAGACCGAUGGCAAUCCAGCAGAAUUCGGAUYAACCGAACACACCCUCGGAUCUGACGAAGAUAUCGACCAGUUAUUGACUGAGCUCAGCCACGCGGAGUCACAUACUAAAAAUGAAGUCAUGAAAAAGGMCAAAMACAAAGACGACGACGAUGGGACAGCCAACAAUCCGCUCCGAUUGAUGGAACGGCAGGCUAAGCUGCAAAGAGAUACAACACGAAAGUCUUGGGCCAGUACCGAAUUGCUGCCUAUUGACGAUUUUCAGACAUACAUUCCGAAUCCCGCRAUGCAGUAUCCAUUUAUCCUAGACACAUUUCAACAACAAGCUGUGGCCCGACUGGAACGAAACGAAUCUGUCUUUGUGGCAGCUCACACGUCGGCGGGGAAAACAGUUGUCGCUGAAUAUGCAGUAGCUCUCGCGAAACAACGGGGCACACGCUGUAUCUAUACUUCUCCGGUAAGCAUUGGUUAUUGACGUUUUGGCAAAAGGAUUGUAUUCGYCGUCAAUAAUGGUCAGUAGUUCUUAUCCAAUGUUCUAUUUAUAUUUUAUCUGUGAUCUUCAUAUGUUGGGAAUUACAGAUCAAGGCCCUUAGCAAUCAAAAAUUUCGAGAUUUUUCUCUCAAAUAUGGUUCUGAGAAUGUAGGGCUUAUUACGGGUGAUUUGGUAAGUACGAAAAAUGGGAGGGUUCUGGUGCAAUGCAUAUUAUUCGAGGAAYCUUUUUCUUAGUUGGGGUUUUGUGUCACGUUGCUUAUUCAUUUCCACGUUUACCAAUGAAUUGCGUUGCUACCUCGCUCAUGUUUUGCUGAACAGCAAGUGAACGCCGACGAUUCAACCUGUCUCAUCAUGACAACAGAGAUCCUGAGAAGUAUGCUUUAUAGAGGCGCUGAUCUUAUUCGAGAUAUUGAAUUCGUUGUUUUUGACGAAGUUCAUUAUGUUAACGAUUCUGAGCGCGGGGUUGUUUGGGAGGAAGUAAUCAUUAUGUUGCCUUCCUAUGUSAACUUGAUAUUUUUGAGUGCUACAACACCAAACACCUUCGAAUUCAGUGACUGGAUCGGGAGAACGAAACGCAGACCGGUUUAUGUGAUCAAAACCGACUACCGACCGGUCCCAUUAUCACAUUUUCUUUGGGCCAAUCUGAAGCUCCACAAGAUUAAGGAAGGAAAGAGUGGAUUUCUUGACAAAGGUUACCGAGAUGCUAGCAAUGCUCUGCGACCAAAAGAUAACAAUAAGAACGCCGGAAAGACCGGAAAGCAGAAACAAAAGCCAGCACCGAAACAAACUGGUCGSGGACCACAAAAUAUGGCUUGGCAGGCUCAAGGGGGGAAAUCACAAUGGAUGUCUCUUGUAAGAUAUUUAGAGAGGGAGGAUCUCACACCGACGGUGGUUUUUUCUUUUUCAAAGAAAAAGUGCGAAGAGAUUGCCAAUAUGCUUCGAAGCCUGAACAUGAACACGGCUUCAGAAAGYGCCGCGAUACAAGGUUUCUGCCUACAAACAGUGGCGCGGCUGUCACCGAUCGAUCAAUCGUUGCCACAGGUUUUGACCGUUUGCGAAAUGGUUAAAAGGGGAAUCGGUGUUCACCACGGAGGAUUAUUGCCUAUUUUGAAGGAGAUGGUGGAGGUAAGACCGACAUGUCUAUUUCAACAUURUGCUUUGUCUUGUAUAUUCGCAGGCAAUUUCUAACUCACGCAUUCUUUUUUCAUAGAUUCUAUUUUCUCGAAACCUGAUCAAGGUUCUCUUUGCUACUGAAACAUUCGCCAUGGGAGUUAAUAUGCCUGCCAGGGCCGUGGUUUUCAAUUCAAUUCGCAAGCAUGAUGGUACUCAAUUCCGGUGUUUAGAACCAGGUACGAGCAGUUUUUGCCAGAAAGUACUGGUCAGUCCUGGAUCCGCUGUAAUYCUCGAAAAUCAUUGCUUUUUUGGGACCUUAGAUGUUGCGCUCACGCUUUCAAUUAUUGUCUUGUAAUCAUCAGGCGAGUACACCCAAAUGGCCGGCCGUGCAGGAAGACGUGGUCUAGAUAAGGUAAGUCAGGACAUCAAAAGUGUAAUUAGAGAAGGGGACCGCAUCUAUCUUGCUGAGAAUAUACUAAUACAUCGCGUGUGAAAUAUUCUUCAAAACAAGGUCGGAACUGUCAUUAUGCUUUGUUUUGGCGAGGAGCCACCUCCAGUUGGAAUGUUGAGAACAAUGUUGACAGGAUCGUCAACAAUGCUACGAUCUCAAUUCCGUCUGACUUACAAUAUGAUUUUAAAUCUACUACGGGUAGAGGAAAUGUCGGUGGAGAGUAUGAUCAAGCGCUCAUUCAGUGAGUUUGCUACACAACGUGCUCUGACGUCUAAGGAAUAUCCGAAGUUAUUGGCGAGGGGCCAAAAAACUCUGUCAAAUCUGAAACGCCAGUUUGAUGAAGAAUCAGGACAGCGAAUUGGAGCCGAAGAUAUUGAGGAGUACUUCUCGAGUUGUAAUAAACUGAUGGAACUAAACGCAGAGCUUUUGUCUUACAUUACAAGUACAACAGACGGAUCCGGAGAUGGUGUUCUCCAGCCAGGAAGGGUCGUCUUAGUAUCGGCGGCAAGAAAGCUGGGGAUCGUACGAGCACCUGCGUUGCUAUUGGAAACAAAGUUCUCUACCGGAGGGGCAGCCGCCGAAGGCAGUAAAUUCCUUCAAUGUAUUGUUUGCAUGGUGUUGCUGCCGGAGCACUAUACAAGCGAAGGAAGCGAUGGCAAGACCGAAGCGAAASCAAAAGCAGUAGGAGAGAUCGGAUUUUCGAAGCAACGUUAUUAUGGAAUACACGAGAUCAAACUGGACCAAAUUUUGUUUGUGACUGACUCAAAGAUUAAGAUCGAACCGGGCCUGUUGUACACAGAGAAAAAGGCUAGCAAUAUGAGAAUUGCCGGGGGUCUCUCUUCCAACCGAGGAUCAGGAGCCUUUUUCGGAAAACCAAUGGGUCGAAAGAUGGACGACCCUUUUGCUGGAAUGAUUGCAAGGGGCAAAAGGAACGACGACAAUGAUUUCUCUKGGAAAAAGAAGGCAAACAAAAGCAGCAUAUCUUUUGARUCGGCAAUCGAGGACGCCGUGGCAUUUUUGAUUGACAAAGAAAAGGAAGAAAUGUCAUCCGGWACASCGCUUCUCAAUAUGAUGAAUUCUCUGAAGCGGGGGAAUGAUAUCGUCGAGCUCCGAAACCGUGGAAGUGCCAUCGAAGAACUGGCAGUGCAACUCAGGAGCUGCCAGUCUCAUCGCCACGGUACUCUUGUCAAGUACUACGCCUUGCGAGAGCGGAUACACACGCUCGAAGAGCGCGUUCAAUCUCUGAGCCACCUCUUAUCCAACGAAGCACUACAGCUCUUCCCCGACUUUUUGUGCCGAAAGGAAGUCCUCAAGACCUUGGGUUACCUCGAUGARAACGAGGCAGUCGCGGUGAAGGGGCGGGUAGCMUGYGAGGUGAACACCUGCGAGGAACUGAUCGUGACCGAAAUGGUUUUCGAGGGAAUCCUGAACGAUCUGGAUCCCACCGAAAUCGUGGCGGCGUUGAGUGCUCUUUUAUACCAGCAGAAGAGCACCGAUGACGAUUUUGACAUCGAGGUUCCAGAAUCCCUUUUGAAUUGCUGUAAACAAAUGAAGAAAAUUGCUCUCAAUCUCGGUCAGUUGCAGAAGCAGCACGGUCUGGAUCUGGAUCCAAUCGAUUACGCCGAGUCUACGAUGAAAUUCGGACUGGUGCACGUUGUGUACGAAUGGGCGAUCGGCGUACCGUUCAGUGAAAUCUGUCAGCUGACGACCGCCCAAGAAGGAUCGAUUGUCCGCUGCAUCACCCGCCUCGACGAAUUGUGCCGAGAAGUACGAAAUUGUGCGCGCGUGGUGGGGAAUCCGACCCUGUACAGGAAAAUGGAGGCAGCGAGCACCGCGAUCAAAAGGGAUAUCGUUUUCGCGGCGUCGCUGUACGUGAGCUAGAGAAUGGACGGGAUUGAGAUACACAAUGUAACGAUUCAAUUAUUUUUUUGAUAUAUUGGACAUAUUCAAGAAUUUGGCGCAUUCGGCGCAUUCAAUACCGUACUAUAUGYCGUCCACAAAACAUGAAUAAUGCAAUACUUCCUGU